GGCAGCGGGCGGAAGGGACGCAGGUUUGUUUGUGGAGCACAGAAACGAUGCUGUGGAAAGGAGCUGCUUAACCUCCCACGAUGCCCUUUUCUGACUUUGUCCUAGCCCUAAAGGACAACCCAUACUUCGGGGCUGGGUUCGGCCUCGUCGGGGUGGGCACGGUCCUGGCAGUGGCUCGUAAAGGGGCCCAAUUUGGGCUGGUGGCUUUCAGGCGCCACUACAUGAUCACCUUGGAGGUGCCCAGCAAGGAUAAGAGCUACCAGUGGCUGCUGAACUGGGUGUCCCAUCACGCCAAGCACACGCAGCACCUCAGCGUGGAGACGUCGUACCUGCAGCAUGAGAGCGGGCGUGUCAGCACCAAGUUUGACUUUGUCCCUAGUGUCGGGAACCAUUUCAUCUGGUAUCGCAGGAAGUGGAUUCGCAUUGAGCGCAGCCGGGAGACACAGGUGAUUGACCUGAACACAGGGACCCCCUGGGAGUCUGUCACCUUCACUGCGCUGGGCACCGACCGGGAGAUCUUCUUCAAUAUCCUCCAGGAAGCCCGGGAGCUGGCGCUGCAGCAACAGGAGGGGAAGACGCUCAUGUACACGGCUGUGGGAGCAGAGUGGCGGCAGUUCGGCUUCCCCCGCCGCCGCCGCCCUCUCAGCUCUGUGGUGCUGGAGAAGGGCGUGUCGGAGAGGCUGGUUCAGGAUGUGAAGGAGUUCAUCAACAAUUCCAAGUGGUACAGUGACAGAGGAAUCCCCUACCGAAGAGGCUACCUGCUGUACGGUCCUCCUGGCUGUGGGAAAAGCAGCUUCAUCACAGCCCUGGCCGGGGAGCUGGAGUACAGUAUCUGCCUGCUGAGCCUUAGUGACCACAGCCUCUCUGACGACCGCCUCAACCACCUCCUGAGCGUGGCACCGCAGCAGAGCAUUAUCCUGCUGGAAGAUGUGGACGCUGCCUUCAUCAGCCGGGACCUGGCUGCUGAGAACCCGGCCGCGUACCAAGGGAUGGGGCGCCUGACCUUCAGCGGCCUCCUCAAUGCACUGGACGGUGUGGCCUCCACAGAGGCCAGGAUUGUCUUCAUGACCACCAACUAUGUGGACAGGUUGGACCCAGCCCUGGUGCGUCCUGGCCGUGUGGAUCUCAAGCAGUACGUGGGCCAUUGCUCCCACUGGCAGCUUUCCUGCAUGUUCCAGCGCUUCUAUCCCGAGCAGCCCCCGGCUGCAGCCGAGCGGUUUGCGGAGCAGGCGCUGGCCGUCUCCAAACAGAUCAGUGCUGCCCAGGUGCAGGGCCACUUCAUGCUCUACAAGAUGGACCCUGAAGGAGCCAUUUCAAACAUAAGCUCUAUCCUGCUGUGACCCAGGGCCAGCUACACUGAGAGGAUUGGGACAAAGACAUGACCAUCCCAGAGAUGCCAUGAAGCUGCCCAGAUGCACAGGCCAGGUGUCUGUUCACCUCUACCCCUCCAAUGCCUUGUUUUGGAGAGUCAGAGCUGCCAGCCUUGCAGCAGGGAGAGGGAAAUCAGCUCUUGCUGCUCCCCAGAUUUGUGUGCUACUGCACCAGCCCUGCUCACCUGCGUGUGCCUCAUGUUGGGAUUUCUGUAAGCUGCCAAGGCUCCUGGGUAUAAAUCCUCUUCCUUGUGGGUCAGCCUGGGGGUUUCUUUGGGGCAGGACAUCGGGGUGCUACACUGCUAAAAGCUGCUGGUUUUUUAAAGGACAGCGUUCUCACUGGUUUGUGAAUAUCCUCUGUGAAGUGCACAAUAUGGC